AUGCUGGUCCUGCUAGACUCUGCGUCCGCUCUUGAGGAGAAUGCUGCUGUAAGCCCAUUGCCGGCGUUUCUGCUGGAUGCGGUAAUCGGCUGGGCAGGCGCGAUUUUGAUCUACUUCCACAUUUGCAGCUUCUAUAGCUUGUCUUCUGCGGUCACUGUUGCACUGGGAAUAUACGAGAUGUGGCAGUUUCCGCCACUGGUGGGUGAUGUGCGCGAUGCCUGGUCGGCGAAGCAGUUCUGGGCUGUCGAUCCUAAGAACAUCCUCAAUAGCGAAGACAUAGUGUCUGUUUACGCCGGCCUCGUUAUUUUCAUCUAA